AUGACACUUUUUCACUCAGGCGGUCUUUUAUCCUUUCUUGCAGGGUCCUCUUUAGUCAGCGUGCCCCCAGUCUCGUCACCUCUCUACGAACCCUUCCAUCAGCUCCUCGAUUUGACCCGGGGUAGGUGUUUUUCUUUGUUCUCUUCUAAUUUUCAGCUAGCUCAGAUGGUAUCAACUGCCGUGCCUCGGAGACGCCGUUUCGAUGCUUCAAUGUCACCUAUGGGAUACUUGACAGAACGACUACGGGUCCUGUGUGGGAGAUGGUCUCUUUCUCUCUCGCCUGCCGUGGCUACGUCAUUCACACUGAACUACACCACAAACCAACAUUGGGGUAG